CUCGUUUAUACAAUGCAGCGGGACCCACAUUGGGUUUAUAAAACGGCGUUUGCGUUUUGGACACAUAACUAUAAAGUUUACGUUUUUAUUAUAAAGUCUUUUUAAUUACUUUUUUGCCUUUUGAGAAACUCGACACAACAAUGAGCUUUUCCGAUGUCGAAGCCGUAUCGAACGGCGACCCCCAGCCCCACCCGGACUUUUACCAAAACGUCGUCGUUAUGCGUCACGGCGACCGCCUCGAUAACUUCGACCGCUCAUGGGUCGCCACCGCCGCCCGCCCGUUCGACCCGCCCCUUUAUAAGGACGGCCUGGUUCGGGCCUCCGAUACGGGUCGGACUUUCCGGAACCUUCUCGGGUUCCCUAUUCACCGAGUCUUCGUUUCCCCUUUCAUCCGCUGCGUCCAGACCGCCGCCCAGGUCGUCUCCGCCCUCUCCUCCGCCGCCCCGGACGCCUCCUCCGCCGUCAAUCCCUCCCCACUGAUUAAGGUUUCUAUAGAGUAUGGACUGUGUGAGAUGCUAACCAAUGUAGCAAUCAAACCUGAUUUGGCUCCAAAGGAUGAGAACUGGGAUUUCAGUAUUCCACAGCUUGAAGCUAUUUUCCCCACAGGCAUCGUCAAUGUCGACCGUUCCAUAGAACGUGUAUAUAAAGAGAUGCCUCCAUGGGAAGGGUCAGCAGAGGUUACUCGGACUCGGUACGUGCAAUUGUUCCACACCCUUGCUGAUAAAUAUCCAUCAGAGAACUUGCUGCUUGUCACACAUGGCGAAGGAGUGGGGGUUGCGGUUUCCGAGUUUAAGGAAAAUACAACGGUGUAUGGAGUUGAGUACUGUGCAUUUGUUGAACUUAGAAGGCCUGUUUUUCAGAGAGGGUAUUCAUUUGUGUUUGGAAAAUUUGAGGCGAUACUGAGAGAGGAGCAAGGUGGAAUCAAAUUCAUUGAAGAAUGAGACCACAUCUUCCAUUGAGAAUAAAUUAUCAGACUCUAUUAUUUGCUGCUGCUUCUUUGAUACUGUGACGCAUUGGAUUAUCAAGAUCUCUCUCUCUCUCUCUCUCAUUCUCAUUUUUGUUGGUUUUCUUUGAAUAAAUGAGUCUGGAAUCUGUGAUAUUGUUUUAGAAAGUGAUAAUAUUGUAGUGAUGAUUAUUGUUAAGGAGAGAAAAAGAAAGUGAUGUGAAGUCAAUAGUGAUCUAACCAACGUGACGUUUUAUUGUAUCUCAUUCUAUAUGGUCUCCUUCCCCACGGCCAUUCUGUUGUUUUGUUUUCUAUCAGUUUGGUAAUGAUAAGAUUUGUUUUCAGAAAAGAAUUAUAUAUUUUGCUUA